AAAGCCGUGCAGCUUGAGAGAUGCGUAGUGUUUAUAACACAUUCAUGGCAUAGCUGCUUCCUGGUAAGUGUGCAACAGGAAGAAGUGUUGUUCCUAAAUUAGUAAGUGAAAAAGCAGCUGGUAAAGGAUGGGCUACAGCUUUCUAGAUUUUAUUCUGGACAGGAUUUAAAGAGAACGUUUCUUUUCAGCAUUUCAUUGGAAGCUCAGAUGAAAAAGUAAAAUCUAUCUUUUGUUGGCUUUUAGGCUCAAGGCAUAUCAUGCCACCAAACAUUCAGUUGACUGUGAAAGGAGCUCUAUGCGUUAGGUGACUGUUGUCAUAAUAAAAAAAUCGAUUCUGAUAGGGAACCACUAUAAUAUAAACCUAAAUAUUUAUAAAAUACAUUGUCAGGUAGUGGAGAACUCUUAAUAAAGUGAACUAGUGAAGUAAAAUAUUAUUCCUGCUUCUGCCAAUAAUUUGCAAGUUUGACUUCGAGGUCAAACGCAAAAAAAAAAAAUACCCCGACAUGCUAGGGAAUACAUUUUUUUGGAAGGGACUUACUCUGUGGUCAAUUGCUUUCCUGUUCAACACCUUACAGAUCGUCAAUCUGGGGGGAGAAAAAAUGCACCAAGACCUUAUCUUUCAUGGACAACUGUGUGACAGCAACUGCACUGUUUAUAUUUAAACCAUUGGAUUAUCUCUAAUACUUGCAGACGGUCUGAAGCAAACUUCUAGUAAUGCCCUUCAUGAUGAGUUCCUAUAAUUAAUGGUUCCUGAAAGUACCAGGCCUCCAGCACCUCCUCUCUCCUGCAGCUCUCUGAAGUGUGAAGCUCAUGGAUGAAAGAAAUGUACCUAAGGAUAAAACUGGCCUGAAGGGAAAUCUAGGGGAAACUGGGGAGCUUGACUGUUCUUGCACCUGACCCCCUCAGCUGUCAGAUGCGGUGAUCUCCAUGGUAACUCAAACCCCCAGACUCUUGACAGCAGCCUGCGAGGAGCAGCAUUCAGCAGCUCAAGGGUCUCACGACCAGAGCGUGGAUCACACUUCUCAUAAACCUCAUCAUAUUGAGGUUGGGCUAAGAUGAGCAUAACCAGUGACGAAGUGAAUUUCUUGGUGUAUCGCUAUCUCCAGGAAUCGGGUUUCUCCCACUCGGCCUUCACCUUCGGUAUUGAGAGCCACAUCAGCCAGUCCAACAUCAACGGAACACUAGUGCCACCUGCCGCACUCAUCUCCAUCCUCCAGAAGGGGCUCCAGUAUGUGGAGGCUGAGAUCAGCAUCAACGAAGAUGGUACAGUAUUUGAUGGCAGGCCAAUAGAAUCCCUGUCUCUGAUAGACGCAGUGAUGCCUGAUGUUGUUCAGACCCGGCAGCAAGCAUUCAGAGAGAAACUAGCUCAGCAACAAGCCAGUGCAGCGGCAGCAGCAGCAGCAACGGCAGCAACAGCGGGAGCAACGACGACUGCUGUUUCCCAGCAGAACACACCAAAGAACGGAGAAGCCACUGUGAAUGGAGAGGAGAAUGGGGCACAUGCAAUAAAUAAUCAUUCAAAGCCAAUGGAAAUUGAUGGGGAUGUUGAAAUUCCUCCUAACAAAGCAACAGUCCUUCGGGGCCAUGAAUCAGAGGUGUUCAUCUGUGCCUGGAACCCUGUCAGUGACCUGCUAGCAUCUGGAUCCGGAGACUCAACAGCCAGAAUAUGGAAUCUCAAUGAAAACAGCAACAGCGGUUCCACUCAACUAGUUUUGAGGCACUGCAUAAGAGAAGGAGGACACGAUGUCCCCAGCAAUAAGGAUGUGACUUCACUGGACUGGAAUAGUGAUGGAACACUAUUGGCUACAGGCUCGUAUGAUGGUUUUGCAAGAAUAUGGACAGAAGAUGGUAACCUUGCAAGCACCUUAGGUCAACAUAAAGGUCCAAUAUUUGCCCUGAAAUGGAACAAAAAGGGGAAUUAUAUUUUAAGUGCUGGUGUUGAUAAAACGACAAUAAUUUGGGAUGCUCAUACAGGAGAAGCUAAACAGCAGUUUCCUUUCCAUUCAGCUCCUGCUCUGGAUGUAGACUGGCAGAACAACACUACUUUUGCCUCCUGCAGCACUGACAUGUGCAUUCAUGUAUGCAGACUUGGCUGUGAUCGCCCUGUUAAAACCUUUCAAGGACACACAAACGAGGUUAAUGCAAUCAAAUGGGACCCAUCUGGCAUGCUAUUAGCAUCUUGCUCCGAUGACAUGACAUUAAAGAUUUGGAGUAUGAAGCAAGAUACUUGUGUACAUGAUCUUCAGGCUCACAGCAAAGAGAUUUAUACUAUCAAAUGGAGUCCUACAGGACCAGGCACCAGCAACCCAAACUCCAACAUCAUGUUAGCAAGUGCUUCGUUUGAUUCCACCGUUCGGCUGUGGGACGUUGACCGAGGAGUCUGCAUUCAUACGUUAACAAAACAUCAAGAGCCGGUCUACAGUGUAGCUUUUAGUCCUGAUGGAAAAUAUCUAGCCAGUGGGUCCUUUGACAAAUGUGUCCAUAUAUGGAAUACUCAGAGUGGAACUCUAGUACAUAGCUACCGAGGCACCGGGGGCAUCUUUGAAGUCUGCUGGAAUGCUAGAGGAGACAAAGUGGGAGCAAGUGCAUCAGACGGAUCGGUUUGUGUUCUAGAUCUGCGGAAGUAAAAGUGAAAUGUUUUAGAAGAAAUUUCAAAUGGACCAGCAGUGAAUGUGUGGGGAGAAGCACUCUUCAAAACUAUUCUUAACAGCUCCAGAACUGUACGAACUUGAACAAAGUUAGAGUGUACCGUGAAACCAACUCUCCCUGGCCACAGGUGUCUAGUAUUUUGUCCGUAACCUUCAUCAAGGAGUAAAAACGCAGUCACUUCAGAGGGGGAGGGAAUGGUUUCCACCUGGAACAUUGAGCCUUGGAAGCACGAAGCCACCAGCUGGGCAUUGCACUGUUUGGUUUGCGUCUGAGAACUUGCUCUGAUGGCUGGGUAAAAAAAAAAAAAAAAAAAAAAAAAGCUGUGCCAAAAAAAAAAUUAAUAAAAAAAAAGAAAAAAAAAAAAAAAAAGAGAAAAAUGCUGUGAUAAACCAAAAGGGAAAAAAAAAUCCUCCUCCAUGCGGUGUUGUAUUUUUUCCUUCCAAUUUGGACACUACAGUUGCUCUCCCAAAGGACGUUCAAAGACCAGUUUGUACUGAUGAAAUGCUCAACUUUGUAAUCACAACACUUUCUAUUUUCUAGACUACUUUUUUUGUUCAGUGGUUUUUUCUAUCAGCUGGAAUAUUGCAGCCUGGAGGAUCCCAGGCUUAGGAUGAAACUUUUGUUUUCCUUUUAUUUCUCCCUUCCACUCCCAAUUUCUCCUUCCUUUUUUUCUCCUCUUUCUUCUUACCCUUUCAUUGGUUUUUUUGUUCUUUUUUCCCUGUAUGCCCAUAGUAGAUGCAGCCAGGUGGACAUGACAAUGAAAAUUUUUGACAGACUGCUUCUCCUCUCUUCUCUCUUCCUUUCCUUUUCUUUCUCUCCAUUUAAAAGAAAAACAAAUCCUCCAUGCUUCAGAUCUUAGCGUCUCAAGGGCACUUUCAGCAAAUUGUGUAAUAAGUGCUUUAUAUAAGAAUGCAGUGCUGGGGAAGAUUUUUACAGGAGAAAGAUGACUUUUAACAGAAAGAACCCAGUGUAUUUUUGGAAAAAAAAUAUUUUUUAUGUUAAACAGUUUUAAAAGCCUAAAAUGGCCACCAAAUGUAGACCAGUUGUGUAAUUCAAGCAAGAAGAAUGACACAGUCCGAGGAACAUGAAAGGUGCAGUAUCCUUUUUCUCUUCUCUCUCAGAAAGUGCUCUAAGAAAAAAUGCCAUUUGAUACAAUAAAUGCCAGUCAUUUACUAAGAGUCCUCUUCCAGCAGCCAGCCAUUUAUAUACAGUCUCAUUUCAUUUUUGUGACAGUUUGAUGAUGUACACUUAUUAAAAGGGAUCCAUAAGUUUGAGACUAUAAAUAGAGCAUUCAUUUUCUUGAGUCCAUGCUUUCAUUUAUCCUCAGUAACCAGGGGAAAAUGUUUGUGUAUCUUCUUUCCUGUAGAGAUAGUUCAAAUUUCAUACAGAACAUGGGAUUGGCUGCCCAUGGCCUUGCUGAGCAAUGCUGUCCUCCACUAUUCAUUCUACUCGGCUUUUUCUAUUCCAGAAAGUCAGUGGGAUUUUACCACUGACUUAAAGAGACCAGUUGAACCAAGAUAUAUUGACUGCCUCUGUCACAGCUGAAAAAUGGACUCUUGCCAAGCUCCUGUCCAUCCAUGGUCAGCACACACCUAGAAGCAGGCUUUUGCAUUGCAUCUGGCAGUAUGUGGUGCUGCCCUCACCCUCAGUUGUGCAUGUGCUCUGUGCUACAAGGAAAGCUCUGGAUCUGCUCUUUUCUCACCUUUCUGUUCACUGUCUGCCCAGACAGGUUCAGCCUUGAGGGUGUCCUCAGUGUGGUGCUCAGAAGACAACAUAGGACUCUCCAUUAGGUGGGGACACGAUAAAAGAUAUCUAAAUUUUAUCUCAACAUAUGUACCACUUAAAGUUAUAGUGGGUGAAAUGAUCGGAAUGGCGAGAAAGAUUUCCAAAGCACCACCUAUUCACUUUGGACAAGAUUUCCUUACUGCAAGCUAGACAUGGCAGCGAUGCCUGCUGAAGACUGCAUUACUCUAAGAGCAAACACUGGAUGCCAAGAAGGAUGCACAGGCAGAGUGUACAGAAAAUGCUGUAAGCUAUAAAGCAAUUUUAGGAGGGUGGCUGCUGUUGCUUAGACAAAUCCUCAAAACUGGCCAAGUGAAGCAGGAGUCUUCUCUAGCCCCCAGACUAGGCUAGGAUUUGUAGGAGAGAGAAAAACAAGUGAGCAGAGAACGCCCUUAACAUCAUGUAGUACCUUCCUGCCCAAAGUCACUAUUUCCGUAACACGGGAUCUUCCCUUUGAUCUGACCACAGCUGUUGAAGUGGUGAUGUGAUCUGAACAACAAACAUAAAACCAGAGCCCUAGGACCGAACUGGUGGUAUAAGACCUGCCAAGAACCACGGCAUCACCAUGGCAUCAUGGAAUCCGUACGGCAUUUCUUCUCCUGUGUUUUCCUCUUUUUAUGCUUGCAUCUGUACAGUAUCUUAGUCCUUCCAGUAGAACUAGCCACUGCCAGCUUCAGCUGCAUUUCUUAGAGAUGCAUUUGGAAAGGAGACAAGAAUGAAAAGAAAUAACUGUUAGAAAGGUUACUUAGUCCUAAGGUGAAAACGUGGGAUUUUGGUUAUUAAUGACAGUUAGGCUUGUUUGUAAUUUAUGUCAAAGAACUGGACCCUAGAAGGCAUCAAGGAUUAUUUUUGGAGUUAAAUGCAUUUAUGUGUUGGUUUUAAUUUUCUGCUCCAAGAACAUGGGCUGUAGAUGAUCAUGUGGCAGUUUUGUACUGGUUUAUAAUAACCAUGUGUACCUACUGAUUUAAAGUCACUACUUAUAAAAAAGACUCAUUGUUCAGAGACUUGAAUUUGAAUACAAAGGUUUAACGUGGUUUUAUAAAGCAUGGUUGGGUCAAUUAUUCGAUUACAGUCAUUGUGUGUACACGGUUAACUUCCUAAGCUGCUUUUGGUGGCAUUUCUGAGAGUAACACACAGAAGCUCCCGGUCUGCAGGCAGCGGAGGGCAGCGUGGAUGGGCCCUGGCCUUGCCUCUGUCCGUUGAGCAGCGACUGAAUAGGCCAGACCUCAGGAUUUGAAGAGAUGAGGUUGCUCAGUCCGAGUUCAACGACACCGUAUGGCUGGCUGGCUACAGAGACCGUGCUCCGUGGUCGUUCCCGGGAUAGCUGCUGCAGAUAACUCAGCAGUGUCCAUGAUGCCUGUUUCUUUUUCCAUGUUUCCUUUCCUCUGCCUGCCUACAUGGAGGUAAGAAGCCAAGAGAAAAAAGAAUUUGAAAUCAGUUGGUUUGCAAAGCCCACAUAUGAGAGAAGCUGCUGGUCUAGAGAGUUUUCUCUACAGACCAUCAGAUUUGAAAGCAGCAUAUGUGAGAAGGUAGGGAAAUUCACUUUUCUUUCCCUCUCCAAGACCGUAAAGACUGGAUAAUCCUCAGAGAUGCUGCAGUAGAGAGUUUUCAGCUGAAGUGAGGGCAUCUGUUAAGGAAGGCUGAAGAUGUAGCUGCGGAAGUUAAUUCUAGCCUAAGGAGCUGGUUUCUUUAGGAGGUGGGCAGUGGGAAAGAGGCUUUUCCAGGCUGUACUUCAAUGUGAAAGCCUACACCCGCAGAACUGCCCUCGUGGGAGCUCUCACUUUCCUCCACUGCGGCAUCCCCUGGCUCCCCCAUGACUGAACAGCAGGAAGCAACGGGCUGGUGGACGUCGCCUUUUUCAUGCAAUAUUUUGGUGAUUUUCUUUCUAGUUCUUCGUAACAGAAGAGAAAUUGAGAAACCGAAGUGACCAAACAGGAUUCUGAAGCCAUCCAAGGACUUCCUGGGUGUUUGUCGUUGCUGGCUGUCUGGAACUGGCCUGAAAGUGAAAAAACGUUACUGAAAAAUCACACAACUCUGUGGGUUAGAAGGAUACUGAAUCUUUUAUGUAGAAAACACUGGGUCCCUUAUGGGGCACUAAAGGGCCUGACUUACAGGGUUAUACACACAUUAACCCCAUGCUACAUCUUAGAAAUUUCCUUUUAAUUUGUUUAAAAAAAAGAAAAAGAAAAAAAUAGCUAAUUUUAGAGCCAAGUGAAGUGCACUUUGUCAAAUGUAAGGGUCUGCUUUGUUUUUGGGUUUCUUUUUCUUUCCCCCUUUUUAAUUUUUCCUCCUUUUUUUCCUCUUUUUGCCUUUUUAAAAGAUGUGGUUCUUUGUCAAUUGCAGAAAUGUUCUUUCAGCCACUCACUGAAAUUCUGAAUUCUGGCUUCUGCAGUUUUUAUUGUCUGUGUCAGACUUGCAGCCAGACUUGGUUCUCAUUUCAGCAUUUCCCAGGUUCUGUUGAAACAACAUCCACCCUUACUUUGUUUCUCCCCACCCACACUUUCUUCAAAUUCACCUUGUGUAUUGUAGCUCAUUUGUUUUAAGGAGAGAAUCAACAGAUCAUAUUCAGUGUCUUGAAUAAAUUGCUAUAUUUUGAUAUUAGAGAA